AUGGUAUUGCCAAUUUUCCUAAUGACCGCGAUGGUCCCAACAAUCAUUGGGGUCAACGAGGCAUCUAAGGGCACCCGGGAUCAUGAAGACCGCAGACGAGAAAGUGCACGAAAGCAACGCUGUCAUCUUUUAGUCCAAUGCAUGCCUCUUGAUGGAUCACUGGAGCAGAGAUUGGCGAUUCAUAACGCGAAGUUAUACUUGGGCCCAGAUUCAAAGAUAUACAUCACGAAACACCCUAACUCACAGCUGGUUCCGCUAAAUGGUGGUUUCUAUCAACACCCCGAUUUCGCCCCGGGUAACACGGCAGGAUUUGUCACCAUCACAGGCGAAACGCCUCCCACUCUACGCUGGUUCUAUCUUGAUUUGCAGACCCAUGAGAUGCGAUGGGGUGGUAGACAGGAUAGCGAGGGAAAUAUCUGUGGCCCUUUCAAUUGGACACAAGAUGAAGAGCGGGUCACCCUACAGGGCUGGGAAGGCUGGUUGGCUGUGCGAGUUCGGGACGACAAAAGAGCUAAAGAGCUAGGCGCGGAGGAAGAUCAGGAUCUGUGGACACUGUUCUUUGAUGAAAAUGACGAUGGAGCUGGUUUGCCCCCGGGCACGGAAGCACUAGAAGUCACGGUCAAGCGAACCGUGGCAGAAUCCUGA